CAGUUACAUGCAUGCAUCUUUACAACUGCGCCGCGAAGCAUACUGCCGUUAUUCAGUGUGCCCAUCAGUUCAGCAGCUGCAGGAUGGUUUUCCAAGCACGACUUUAAAAGCUCAAGGUAGAACGGUAAGAAGCAUUGCAAACUAGUUCUUUCUUUCUCUUCCCCUUCAAACACGUUAUGGCACCUCCUUACGGAAUCAAGCACACUGUUACUCCGAGUGGCGACGAAAACAUCGCACACUUCCGAGAUUCUCGCUCUACGUUUCAUACAAUUCGUGUGGUAGUUCACACCCUGGGCAGGCAGCCAAAUGGGAUGAGCGACAACCAUGUCUCAGUAUUCUUACUCUUGAAUGAAGGAGCAAUACGACUAAACAUGACAACAGAGGAAGGGUUUAUUUCGGGGGAGCUGGUAUGGUCAUGGGACGCAUAUCAGAUCUCCAAUUCCGCGAUCAUUCACUUUGAUAUUGCACUCAGAUUCGCCGUGGAAGUAGGAACGCUUUAUAACCAAGUACGCUCGUGGGGUCUGCAGAGAUAUACAUUCUCUGGCGGAGGCUCUGGUUGUCGAUAUUGGAUCUAUUGUUUGAUCUCAAAGAUGGCAGAGAUGCAGUGGAUACACGCGGACUGGGUGGGACGGAUGUGGAGCCACCUUUCGUAUCAAUAUUCUCGGGAGGUAGCCCCCAAAGUUAUUGAAAUCAAGAUGGGGACGUUCAACACACAGAAGGAUUGGGAGGAUGAAUAUGAGUAGACGUGAAACUAGAAUUUCGAAGUUGUGCCGCGCUCUGCUCGGACUGAACAUCGUGGGUGCCAUCAAUCUUGGAAUAUUCUGAGCUAUCGUUGCAGCCAUCUGGUGGGGACAUCGAGUGCUUGUCAUCAUGCGGGGGUAUUGAGGGUUCACGGUCUCCAUGCUCAGAGCAAACCAAUGCACUGACACG